AUGACGACCCUCAUCUCGAUCCGCGAUGCCGUCUCGGCCAACGGUAAUCACGACGCUAUGUACUCUCCAGCGAAGGAGAAGGCCGCCAACAGAGGCACUUAUGUUUGUCGGUCACCUCUUCUCCUUCGCCGGUUCCAUCAAAUGGUCAUUGCAUCCAAAGCGAAGCUUUUUCUGGAGAAACCAGAUCCUGCAAUGGAGAAAAAACCUUCAGGAGGAUCAAUUGACAGAGAUGUUGCUCUGGCAGAGGUUGAAAAGGAAAAGAGGUUGUCUUUUAUCAAGGCAUGGGAAGAAAGUGAAAAAACUCAGGCAGAGAACAUUGGUAAUGAGGGUGUUAGGCCCUCAAGUGCAGCUGGUGGCGACUCAGAUGCAGUACUACACAGCGUGGCUCAACAAGUCAUGGCUGCAAUUGUCAGGAACUCAAGGGAGCAGGGAGGUCUGUCUGCAGGCCAUAGUAGUUCGAUUAAGAAGUUUAUCAAGAUGAAUCCUCCGACUUUCUCAGGAGGAACUGAUCUUGCGGUUGCUGAGAAAUGGGUGUAG